CCCGACUACCUUGACCCUGGCGACGGGGGGUGUCCCGAACUCAGGGCUUGCGUCGAGAUUCUGCUGCGAAACGGCGCCGAUGUGAACCAGGCUGACCUGAAGGGGAACCCGCCAUUGGGCCGUCUGUUCGCCGCGCCAUGCUUCAGAUCUAAUCUUGGCGAUCACAGCUCGGAUGUGUUGUGGAUUACCCCGGCCGACAGAUCUCGCAUCGGCUCCUUGCUUCUCCAACACGGCGCAGAUCCCCAAUGCAGGAUUUUC